AUGCCCCGUGGCAAUGCAAACUCUGAAGCGCCAACAUUGACCGUCAGCCCCAAAUCUCCGGUUCAAUACAAAUGCUCUUCAAGCCCCUCAUUCCCGAUACAAGAACAUUUUCAUCGGAACGGACAAGCGUCGUUUAGGGGGAAGAGAAAGAACAAUAUCGCUGGCGGAAAUCGUUUCUCCAUCCUUGCGAGUCUUGAUGACACAUCUGAUUCAUCUCACCGAGCUUUGGAUAUAACAUCGUCAGGGAGACUGAGUCGCAAUCGCAAACGUGGAAAACGAGGGGGCGCUAACAGCAGAAAUGGCAAAGUUCCUGCUCAUUUUGAAGCACUGAACAGUCUUUUCACAGAGAUGCCGUUUUUAUCCCCUACUAGACCGCCAUCAGUACAGUCGGAUCUCGAUGUAGGUACGGUGCCUAAGACAAGGGAUUUCACCACGAGCCCCGAAACCCCAAGCUUUCAUACACCGACUAGGUCUCUAUCAACAGUUACAACACCUGCCACUCCUUCCCCGGUGCCCAAGACGAGUCCCAUUAUACCCAGAUGCUCACUUCGGGACUUACCGCGCAUUCCAAGGUCAGAUCCCGUGAGUCCGAGGAUCCGGAAUCAGGCACGAAUAGCUCAGUUCUGUCUUCCUAUGCCGUCUCAAAACCCAUUUACUACGGGCACUCGAUACUUCCCGUUGGCACCACACCCUCAGCCUAGACUACCAGCGAGCAAGAUUUCAAAAGCUUUGGUACAGCUUCACCGUGAAUCGCGAUUCUUUCCGUCUCAACGUACUCUUGAGAAACCAAUGGGGGAGCCAAAAGAUCCUUAUGCAGGACAAUCAUUCUUCAUGAUGGGUCAUGCGCGGCAUUGCUGGUGCUGCCAGGAGGCCAAAAGCCGGCCGGAAUUGGACCCGGCACCCGAAACCAAACUUUUACACAUACCUGACCCUCCUGUUGACGAUACGGAUCGUCGGGCAUGCUGCACGACUGUUGAUUCUAGCUUGGCUUCGACCGUCGAGACUGUCCCUAGUACCCCCUUUGAAGUAAUUGCUGCAGAAAGAGAGGACAGAGAAGGCUGGACCCUACUCUUGCCAGAGGAAGAGUCCUCUAAUCCAGUCGAACACCCAGUUACUGCUACAUCGGCAAACUCUGUUAUACCGUCUCCACCUGGUAGUCCUCUAAGAAAUCAGUUUGACCGUUUCAGACACGCGAUGGAGGGUGUUGAGCCGAAGUUUCCUUGGGAAUGGGGUGAUCCGGAAUGGCAGUGGUCUGAACUUACUAGCACUGGCUGCUAG